UUGUUUUAUUGAAUAGUAUCACAUCACCCCUUACAGUUUUUAGUUAGCUACUACGUAAAACUUAGUUUCUGAGAUUAUCUAUACGUAAGAAUAUAUACACAUAUACAAACACAAUGGCAAGCUCACAGAAGCAAAGGCAAGAACUCGAUGCCAAAGCAAAGCAAGGUGAAACUGUCGUCCCUGGUGGAACUGGUGGCCAGAGCCUCGAGGCUCAGGAACACCUUGCUGAAGGACGGAGCCGAGGAGGGCAGACAAGGAGCGAACAGUUGGGCCACGAGGGCUACCAAGAGAUGGGCCGCAAAGGUGGGCUGAGCACCACCGACAAGUCUGGUGGAGAAAGAGCCGAAGAAGAAGGAAUUCAAAUCGACGAGUCCAAGUUCAGAACCAAAAAUGAUAAAUAGUUUUCCUCAGAACAAACUACUCAAUCUAGGGGGUUUAAUAAUGUAGUCUCUUAUCAUGUUUUAGCCUACUUAGUUUAAAUAAGCACCCCCUUUACAGUAGGGGUCUGUUUUAGGUCUCUGUAAUUUACAUAGUGUUACUAGGUAAUGUAUCUACAUGUUACUUUUUAUGUACGUACUUAGUUUUAUUUGGGUU